GUUUCCAAGGAAACAGUUCCAAGUGCAUGAGAUUGCGUUUGUUUCAGGGAAAGAGGAACGUUUAAAUUGAACAAGAGCUGAAAACCAUGCCAGGAAUCCCCUCAAAACGACCAAGGUAUUACACACCAAACGAAGUUAGUAUCCACAAUACGUUAAAAGAUCUAUGGGUAUCGUUUUUGGGCAAAGUUUACGACCUUACUCCGAUGUGCGAAAAACAUGCAGGUGAUGUUCUUCUGAAGCCCAUCAUCGAAGCAGCAGGAAAGGAUAUUACACACUGGUUUGAUAAGAAAACAAAAGAUAUCCGAACUCACAUUGAUCCUGUAACCAAGUGUAAAUUCUAUUACACACCAAGAGGAAGGUUCAUUCACACUCCUCCACAAUGUCCCCGCACAGACUGGGCAAAUGACUUUGGACGACCAUGGUGGAAAGAUGAUUCUUACUGCAUUGGUGUGCUUUCUGCACAAACAAGGAAAAUCAGAAUAAUCAAUACCCUUACUUCCCAAGAACAAACCAUUGAGGUUUGCUCUGAGGAGAUACUAACUGAAAUUCAAGACCGCUACUUGAAAUAUAAUGCCCAUGCUGCCAGCUAUACAUGGAAGUACAAUGGAAGGAACUUGGAUAUGAAUAAAACACUGGAAGAGAAUGGAGUUGCUGAUGAAAGUGAAGAAUUCUAUAAACUGAGCAUGAAUGAGGAACUAUUUCUACCAGCCUUACAUCUGUAUUUAAAUGAUGAUUUGACAGAAGCUUAGUAAAUUAAUUUAAGGUUAACCCUCAUUUACUCCUUGUGUGCAGAGCUCCAUAGAGUCUUCAUCCAGGUUUUUGUGUUUGGGGAGAUGAUUUGUGUUGCUGAAGUUAACAAAGUUCAAAACUUCUUCAAAGGUGUUUGUAGUACUUGUAAAUAAUUUGGAACUGAAUAUCUGUUAAAUAAAGUGUAAAUAGUUGA